AGAGCUGGAGGCGUGGUCGCCGUACAGUGCAGCGUUAAAACCACGUGUUGCUGCGGGAAGCGUAGAGUUCACCAAAACUACGAGGGUGUUGUGUGGGAUCGCCAAAUAACACAUUUUACAGGACUAUGCCAUCCUACGCGCUAAAUCAGUUUAUUGACCUGGAUGACGUCUUGUGCAAGCACCUUUUAAAUCUUGAUCUCCGAGAGCCAGCUAAGAUCUCCCCACAUGCAGCUGCUGUCGGAUACAGAAAGCCCGAAAGUCCCUGCACGCUUUCAUCCGGUUCUGGACUUUCUUUGGACAGCAUGGAUAGCGGAUGCAUAAACUCCGGCUACUGGGGCUCCCAGAAAAUCUCAUCGCAGUCAAAGUGGAGCAAGGUUCCCUUUUGGUCCGAGCGCUCCGUUAGCAUGGUGGAGGGGAACACUGGAAGUCUGGGUUGGUCCUCCUCUGAUCCCAAUAACUUCAAACAGCCAUUGGCGUCAGGUGCAGCGUCUCUCUCCAGCUCCACUUCAUCAAUCUCAGUCACCUCGUCCCGUUACAAGACAGAACUGUGCCGCACGUUUGCCGAAAGGGGUGUGUGCAAAUACGGUAGCAAAUGUCAGUUUGCCCACGGGCACGAAGAAUUGCGAGACCUCAGCCGGCACCCUAAAUAUAAGACGGAGCCCUGCCGCACUUUCCACUCCAUCGGCUUCUGUCCCUACGGCAUUCGGUGCCAUUUUGUGCACAAUGCCGAAGACGACGACGCACAUGCCCGCUCCCAGACUUCCAAUCCAACAGUCCAGCGGCCUCCACUCCUUAAACAGAGCUUCAGCUUUUCUGGGUUUCCAACAUCUUCCCAACCCCUUGAUGCCCCCCUCACCUCGGCCUCCUUUCUCCGAGCACCUUCUGUUUCCACUCCGACGUCAACCACCAUCUCCGACCUCCUCUCCUUGGCCUUCCCAGAUAUAGACCCCAACACCCUUCUAGACCAGGCCAGGGAAUUCAACCCUCAGUUUUUGCCCUCUCCUGACUCUGGGUGCUCCCUCUCUGGACUCUCUCCCACCCAGCUGCUUUCAUCCCAGUCCGAAAGCUGCUCGAGACAAAGCCCGACCGGCGACGCACCUCUAGGCCUCCGUAGUCUCUCUCACACUUCGCUCUCGGACCACGAGGGCGGCAGCUGCAGUUCGUCCAGCAGCAUGAGCGGCUCAGAGUCCUCCUUCGGACAUGACGGCAACGGGCGCAGGCUCCCCAUCUUCAGCCAGCUGUCGGUGCCUGAUGAUGUCAUCUACAGUGAGGGUAGCAACUCCAGCACGAGCUUCUUCCUCUAAACUCCCUAAAGGGACUGAACUGUAUACUGUGUUAUACCUACUGUAUUAUAUGACCAAUACUUGACAUUUUAGUUAAGCUCAGAGUGUGAUUUAAGUAUUUUGCAGUUAUACUUUAAGUGGGUGGGGAGGUUGUACCCUUUUAAGCACAGAGAUUGCCUGGUUUGUUUUUGAUGACCGCUGCAGGGGUGGGAAAUUCAUUUAGUUUGUAACACAAAUUCUGGCAUUCCAAUGUUUUUGUUUUUUUAAAGAAAGGAUUCUUAACCGUUAUGACUUUUAAAGAUGCAUUUAGCAAUCAACUAUUUACAAAAAGAUUUAUUGUACCAAAAGUAGCCAAAGAGAGGUUGUUAGACUUUCUUGGAGUUUUUUAUUUUAUUUACUGUACUCUAAUGCGGAGACCAAACUUUUUCACUGCCUUUUAUAAGUCGACUGUUUCUAAACAACAUUGCCGAGGUUAGAAUAUAUCUAUAUUUUUAUUAGUGAUGUUAGUCGGCAAUAUCAUCAAGUUCCUGCUCUUUUUCUACGAUUGUUUGUUUGAUUUGCCUUACGUUUCAGAAGAUGUUUUAAGCAGACCUUCACAAGUGCACAGUUUGAGCUUUAUUUCGAGUCGGUUGCCUUCUGAUAAUGUUGCGUAGUUUUUGAUGGGUAGUUGGUUGAGUUUAGACAAAUCCAAUUAUUACUAAAUGUGCCAUUAGUGACCACCUUAGUUAUUUUUAUAGCUGGUUCUGAUGGGUCCCUUUUUGCAUCCAGUUAUCUGAGAUGCUCCUGUUGGCUUUGUUACAUGAAGAGUUUCAAGUAACUUAAUUUCAUUUUUUAUUUAUUUUAUUGUAUUUAUAGAAAGCGUGUUUUUUGAUAACGUUUGUAUUAAGUUUAAUAUAUUGGUUUUUCUCCUUGCUGCCCUCAUUUUGUACUGAAAAUAAACCCUGUUGAUAAACAA